UUUUUUAUUUGUUAAAAUUGUAAAUUGUUGCAAGUUAAAUGUAAAUUCCAAAUAUUAGAAUUAGUGACAAUUUUGUGAACGUUUGUGGAGCAUAUAAAUUAACUGACGUCUGCAUAUGAUACGUUAUUAGAAGAGCACGUAUCCAAUCACAAUCCAGCCAAGCGGGAAUCAUUGUCCAAACACAUUUGAAGCAACGUGCAGCAUGGAUGGAGCAACAGCAACAGCGACACCGCCAGCUUCGGCCCUAGAACUGUCCACCACGUCAUCGUCAGCGACAGCAACAGCUUUGGGCGAUGUCAACAACAGCAACAGCAACAACACCGUCGAUACCGACAAUAUUGGCUGGGCCAGGGAUAAAACUGAAAGCACAUCGGAACUACGCCAACGUGCAACAUCGAAUUCCUUCACCGGCAGCUCAUUAGCAGCGCAUGAGACUGGCGGAUCCGGAGCGACCCCUACGUUGACAGCGACAGCGACAUCCACGUCAUCGCCAACGACGACACCAACAACAGCGACAGCAACAGCAACAUCCAGUGCAAGUGGAUCGAGCAAUGAGAACGAUAAAGACAAGGAGCAGCAUGAAUCGUUGUACGAGUGCAAUAUUUGCUUGGACCCAGCCAAGGAUGCGGUGGUCAGCAUGUGUGGCCAUCUAUUCUGUUGGCCCUGUUUGCAUCAGUGGCUGUUAACGCGACCCAAUCGCAAACUCUGUCCCGUCUGCAAGGCAGCCGUCGACAAGGACAAAGUUAUACCGCUCUACGGUCGGAAUAGCACCCGCCAGGAGGAUCCAAGCAAUAAGGUGCCGCCACGUCCCGCCGGACAGCGAACAGAACCAGAGCCAGCACCAGGCUUCCGAGGAUUCGGCUUUGGCGAUGGCUUCCAGAUUUCAUUUGGCAUUGGCGCUUUUCCUUUCGGCUUCAUUACAUCAUCGCUUAACUUGGGCGAACGACGUCCGGCACCUGCAAAUCGUGGCACCACACAAUACGAGGAUGAGCAGACACUGUCCAGACUAUUUCUAUAUCUCGCCUUUAUCUGCAUCUGUUGGCUGCUAUUUGCCUAGCAACCUGUUCCCAGCACAAUGGAUACAAUACCCCAAAAGACACGAGAAGAAAGUCAAUGCUAAAUAUGCAGAACAGGAGCAUGAUCGUCGUCCCUUAUCCUUACCCCACAAAAUUCCAGCAGUUUCACUCUUCUUGUGGUGAUUUCACGUUUUUGCUGUUUGUAAAUUUUAUUUCAUUUGUAUCUUUCGGAUAUUUUUAACAACAACAUAUUGUACAUUUUAAAUGUUUUUUGCGUGCUACACACAAUUGGCGGCAGCAACGGAGAAAGGAUUCGUGUUCUAAACACAACCAACAACCAAUUAUAAGAUCGUGAAUACCAUUACUAUCUAUAAUACAUUAUUUACAUAUACACAAUCCUUUCGCCUUGUGCUUUGAUGAACGCAAAUCAA